AUGGCGGAGGUGGCUCUGGACGCCGUGCGGAGGGCGUUGCAAGAGUUCCCGGCGGCGGCUCGUGACCUCAAUGUACCUCACGCUGUGCCCCACCUGGAUGAGCCUCCAAGUCCACUCUGCUUCUAUCGGGAUUGGGUGUGCCCCAAUAGGCCCUGCAUUAUCCACAAUGCUCUGCAACACUGGCCAGCUCUCCAGAAGUGGUCUCUGUCUUACCUAAGAGCUACGGUGGGCUCCACGGAGGUGAGUGUGGCUGUGACCCCAGAUGGUUACGCGGACGCCGUGCGAGGGGACCGCUUUGUGAUGCCUGCUGAACGCCACAUGCCCAUAAGCCAUGUGCUGGAUGUGUUGGAGGGUCAGGCCCAACACCCAGGAGUCCUCUAUGUGCAGAAACAGUGCUCCAAUCUGUCCACUGAGCUGCACCAGCUUCUGCCUGACGUUGAGUCCCAUGUGCCCUGGGCCUCUGAGUCACUGGGAAAGAUGCCUGAUGCUGUGAACUUCUGGCUGGGCGAGGCAGCUGCAGUGACAUCCUUGCACAAGGACCACUAUGAGAAUCUGUACUGCGUGAUCUCUGGCGAGAAACACUUUCUGUUACAUCCACCGAGCGACCGGCCCUUCAUCCCCUAUGAUCUGUACACACCAGCAACCUACCAUCUGACCGAAGAGGGCACUUUUAGGGUGGUGGAUGAGGAAGCCAUGGACAAGGCAAAGGUGCCAGGGACAUGCUUGCUCACAGUCCGUGUCCUCCAGGCCCGAGGCUUGCCCUCCAAGGACCUAGUGACAUCCUCUGACUGCUAUGUGACUCUAGACCUGCCCACGGCCUCCAGCCACACGCUGCAGACACGCACAGUCAGGAACAGCAGAAACCCUGUCUGGAAUCAGAACUUCCACUUCCGGGUCCACAGGCAGCUCAAGAAUGUUGUGGAGCUGAAAGUCUUUGACCAGGACCUGUUGACCAAAGACGACCCUGUGUUGUCAAUACUGUUUGACGUGGGGAUACUGCAGCCUGGGGAGUCCCAGCACCAGAGCUUCUCACUGAGCACCCAGGGGGAUGGGCACUUGGAAGUUGAAUUUCGGCUGCGGACUCUGAAAGACUGUGCGGAACAGCUCAUCAGCAAUGGCAUCCUGGUGGCCCGGGAACUCUGCCGCUUGCAUGUUGAACUGAAAAGGACAGGAGACCCAAAGGGGUCAGAGAGCAGAGUUAAGCUUGUGGUUGCUGGGGCCUGUGAGAGCCCACAGGACGCCGCCGUGGGCACUGGUUCUUUCCACUUCCAUUACCCAGCCUGCUGGGAGCAAGAUCUCAACGUUCAUCUGCAGGAUGACCCCCAGGAGCAACUGACGGUGCCACUGCGAGCCCUACCCUCAUCACAGUUAGUGAGACUCGUCUUCCCCACGUCCCAGGAGCCACUGAUGAGGCUGGAACUCAAGAAGGAAGAAGGGCCAAAGGAGCUGUCUGUGCGGCUGGGCUGUGGGAUCUGCCCCGAAGAGCAGGCCUUCCUAAGCAAGAGGAAGCAGGUGGUGGCUGCUGCCCUGAAAAAGGCCCUACAGCUGGACCAAGACCUGCAGGAGGAUGAGGUCCCAGUGAUUGCUGUGAUGGCCACUGGCGGCGGGAUCCGGGCAAUGACUUCUUUGUAUGGGCAGCUGGCUGGCCUGAAGGAGCUUGGCCUCCUCGACUGUGUCUCCUACAUCACUGGGGCUUCAGGGUCCACCUGGGCAUUGGCCAACCUCUAUGAGGACCCAGAGUGGUCUCAAAAGGACCUAGCAGGGCCCACUGAGUUGCUGAAGACCCAGGUGACAAAGAGCAAGCUGGGUGCAUUGGCCCCCAGCCAGCUUUGGAGGUACCGGCAGGAGCUGGCCGAGCGUGCCAGUCUGGGUCACCCAACCUGCUUCACCAACUUGUGGGCCCUCAUCAACGAGGCCUUGCUGCAUGACGAGCCCCAUGAACACAAACUCUCCGAUCAACGAGAGGCUCUGAGUCGAGGCCAGAACCCUCUGCCUAUCUACUGUGCCCUCAACAGCAAGGAGCGGGGCCUGAGCACCUUUGAAUUUGGGGAAUGGUGCGAGUUCUCUCCCUAUGAAGUCGGCUUCCCCAAGUAUGGGGCCUUCAUCCCCUCUGAGCUCUUCGGCUCUGAGUUCUUCAUGGGGCGGCUGGUGAAGCAGCUCCCCGAGUCCCGCAUCUGUUUCCUGGAAGGUAUCUGGAGUAACCUGUUUGCAGCCAGCCUCCAAGAUAGCCUGUACUGGGCCUCCGAACCCAGCCAGUUCUGGAACCGCUGGACCCAGGAUCAGGCUAGCCUGGACAGAGAGCAGGUCCCCCAGCUGAAGAUAGUAGAACCACCGUCAACAGGUGGCAGAAUCGCCGAGUUCUUCACUGAUCUCCUGACAAAGCGGCCGCUUGCCCAGACCACUCACAACUUCAUGCGUGGCUUCCAUUUCCACAAGGACUACUUCCAUCACCCUCACUUCUCCACCUGGAAAGCUACCAAACUGGAUGGGCUCCCCAACCAGCUGACGCCCAUGGAGCCCCACCUCUGCCUCCUGGAUGUUGGCUACUUCAUCAACACGAGCUGCCCACCUCUCCUGCAACCAACACGGGACGUGGACCUCAUCUUGUCACUGGACUAUACCCUCCACGGAGCCUUUCAGCAGCUGCAGCUUGUGAGCCAGUUCUGCCAGGAGCAGGGCAUCCCUUUCCCACCCAUCUCCCCUAGCCCUGAGGAGCAGUGCCAGCCUCAGGAGUGCCACAUGUUCUGUGACCCUGCCCAGCCCGAAGCCCCAGCUGUGCUGCACUUCCCUCUGGUCAAUGACUCCUUCCAGGACUACUCGGCCCCUGGGGUGCCACGGACAUUGAAGGAGAAGGCAGCUGGGGAGGUGAACCUCUCUCCUUCCAACUCCCCAUACCACUACACAAAAGUGACCUACAGCCAGGAGGAUGUAGACAAGCUGUUACACCUGACGCAUUACAACAUCUGCAACAACCAGGAGCGGUUGCUGGAGGCCAUGCGCCAGGCCGUGCAGCGGCGGAAACAGUGCAAACAGCGCAAGCCUGAGUGACAGCUGCGGUGCCCUGCCUG